AUGGGGCCUCAAGCAGAUGAAGCGGAUGCAGGCGCCACUCAGAAGGACUUGAUCGAGAAACGGGGGCGAUCGCACUUCUUGUCAUCUGCUGUGGCCUACAGCGCUGUCUUCUUCCAUGGCUCCAUUAGCCUUCAGUGGGAGGCUUCAACACUGACCAUCCGUCCGGCAAAUGGUGUCCACGGCGAGAAAGACGACGAGUUCGAC